AUGAAAUAUCCAGAGUGUGAGUUUCAUCUGGAUAAUGAGAAGAUUGGAUUAUUACUUACGAAGUCUCCUCUUCUAGGAAAACGUACGAAAUCCGAUGAAUUCCUAUACUCAGAGCUAACGUUCUUAGGCCGUGAGUUAUCCGAAAAACAAAAUCUUGCAUACUACUUGAUCUUGGUAGGUACUAUCAACGACGCAGAAGAAUCAGAUACGAAAGCGGACCCCAAGGACGACAAGAUCGAAAAUAACGACAAGAACAACAAGGACGACAAGAACGAUAGUAACGACAAGAACGACAAGAACGACAAGAACGACAAGAACGACAAGAACAAGAAGGACAAGACUGGGAUUAGAAAAUUGGUCAGCACCCCUCCUCGAUACCAAAGAUAUUCAACCCCAUGA